GGGUGGGGGCAGGCGGCGCUUUCUACAACCAUAGCCCCAACCAGGCAAAGGGCAAAGACAGUGACCAUCUUAACUUGGUCUCUGUCUGUUUCCCCAGCUUCAUCCACUGGACGGAAGUCAGCUGUCUGGACCACCUCGCAAUCACUUGGAAAUUUUUUUGACUUCUGGAACAAGAAAAGAAAAAUGCAGAUUUAAGUACUAAGACUGAAGAAAGUGGUGUAGCGUUACCAGUGAGUUCAGGUUUUCCAUAUAUCCUCACAUGACGUUGCUGGAUUGGAAUUAAACACUGGGAUUAAAUCACACAGAGGGGUUGAGGAUCUACCAUACAUUUUUGUUUUCAUGGCAACUUAAUCUGCACAAAGGAUUUACUGUUGGAAUUUUAUUUUGAAACAAUGACUGAAACAGUUGAAGGAUAUGUCGUCCCUCUCACAUGGCCAUAAGGACUGACCUCGACAGACUGUAAAACACGGUCGUUGACCACCACCACCACAAUGGUCAUCGAUGGUAAGAAUGGAGAUGCCGGGGUGCCGCCUGCACGACAAAAGAAAACUUUUGUAGAAGACCUCCAAUCCACCUUCAGCUCCCCACUGGCCUGGAUCUUGGUUCUGGCUCUCAUAAUUACAUGGUCUUGUGUUUUUGUCAUCAUGUUUGAUCUGACAGACUACAAGACUGUUUCAGGUCGUCCUCCUCUCGUCAGGAAGGUUUUAAAGGAUUCAGGCCGUAGAGGAGGCCUCAGUAAGAUCGGCCAGGACCCCAUGAAGGCGGUGAACGUUGCCAUGGAGGAAUCUGCAAACGUGAUCAGUGUAAUAUUAAAAUUUGCCUCCAGCCUGGUUGCUCCUGAAGAAGAUGAAGGGACUCUAUACGCAGUGCGAAAAAAAGAUUUAAGGUGGUUGGAGGAGGAGGAGGAAGUGGAGGUGAAGAUUAAGAAAACAAAAGGAGAAUUUUUACCCUCCAGAAGUAAAGUUAUAGGGAUGCAAGCAAAGACACAACCAGUGAUUGAAGUUGUGGAGGAGGAGGAGGAAGAAGAGGUGGCAGAGGAGGAGGGAGAAAAGGGAGAUGAAGUGGAGGCUGCUGGGGAAGAGGAGGGAGAGGAAGAGGAGGAGGAGGAGGGGGAGGAGGAGGAGGAAGAGUAUGAGGAGGAGGAAGAUGAAGAGUAUGAGGAUGACUAUGAAGAGGAGUAUGAUGAGGCGUAUCAGAAAUAUUAUGAAGAGGAGGAGGAGGAGGAGGAGGAGGAAGAAGAGGAGGAGGAGGAGGAGGAAGAAGAAGAGGAGGGAGCAGAAGCUGUGGAGGAGGAGGAAGAGGAGGAGGAAGAAGAGGAGGGGGAGGAGGAAGAAGAGGAGGAGGAGGAGGAAGCAGAGGAGGAGGCAGAAGCUGUGGGUGAGGAGGAGGAAGAGGGUGAGGAGGGUGAGGAGGAAGAAGAAGAGGAGGGGGAGGAGGAAGAGGGGGGCGAAGAGGAAGAGGAGGAGGGAGUUGAAGCAGCUGCUGAUGAAGAGGAGGAUGGAGAGGAAGAGGAGGUGGGGGUGACUGCUGAGGUGGAGCAAGAUGAGGAUGAAGACGACGAAGAUGAGAAGGAACCUGCAGCAGCUGAGAUUGAUGAAGAUGAUGAUGAAGAUGAAAUGAAAGAGGAGGCAGCAGAAGAGGAGGACAAAGAUGAUGAUGAAGAAGAAGAGGAGGCAGAUGCUGCUGAUGAAGAUGAUGAUGAAGUCUCUCCUGAACCUAUCUCCACCUCUGAGGACGAAGAGUCGGCGGUGUCACCUGACUCUGAGUCUGACGUACCUGUUGACGCCAAAGACAGCGACAAAGAAGAAGUCCUGCCUGAUGAAGAUGACGAAAAAGAUGAAGAUGACACCAGCGACGAGGCGUUUACUGACACCUCAGAUGUCAGUGAAUCUGCACUUCUCUCCAGUGAGGAAGAGGACGAUGAGGAGAGGGACGAUGAUGACGAUGAAGAUGACAAAUUAGCUGAGGGCGUCAUGUCAUCUGACAGCGACGAUGUCAUUGCAGAAGACAGCGAUGAAGACCUGGAUCUUCCUCCCAUUCCUGCCAUCAGUGAUGAGGAUGAAGAUGAUGAUCAUAAACUCGCUGAGGAGGAAGAUCUUCCUCCUUUACCUGUUGCUGAGGAUGAUGAUGAUGAAGAUGAACACCUAGAGGAAGAGGUCAAAGUUGCUGAAGACACAGAUGAGGAUGAUGAUCUGGACCAAUCAGACGAGGACAUCUCCGUCGCCUCCUCCGAGCACUUUGCAGACGAUGAAGAUGACGAGGAAGACAGUGACCUCAAGGACCUCGACUUGGACCUCGACCAAGUCCACGUCGACCUUGACGAUGAUGAAGAUGACAAACCUGAUGAUGUCAUUAAAGAGGACAUCCAUGACGACGAAGAUGAUGAUGAUGAUAAAGAGGAGGAGGAAGCUGACGUCCCUCCCUUUGAGAGCACAGACAGCGGAGUCUUAGGCGAUGAAGACGAGGAUGACGAUGUUGCUCUUAAGACAGAUGAAGAAACUGUCUUCAGCGAUGACAUCUCCUAUGACACAACCGAUGAUGAUGAUGAUGACAAAGAUGAUGAAGACAUCGACACCAGUUCAUUUGAAUUCACUUUCGACCAAGACGAAGAAAAAGAAACAUUUAUUGGCGCUGAAAAAGAGGACGAUGAUGAUGAUGAUGAUGAUGAUGAUGAAGUCACAUCAGAGGCCCGAGCUCGUGAGGAUGAGGAAGAAGACGAUGAAGAUGAUGAUGAUGAAGAUAAGGAUGAGGAUGACGAUGUUGAUGACCUCUUGUUAGCAGCUACCACUGCAGCAGCCUUCACUGUCCAGGAGGAGGCAGUACAGACUGAGGCAGAGGAGGAUGAGGACGAGGAUGACAUUAAACAGGCUGCUGAUGAAGGCGAGACUGAGGAGGCUGAAACAGAACCACUUGUUACCAGGCAGCCUGCUGCUCUUGAGGAAGGGGAGGAGGACGAAGGGGAAGAUGAAGAGCCGACAGCUGAACUGAAGAAGACAGUUGAUGAACCUGAGGACAAAAAGGAGGAGGAGUACGAUGAAGACGAUGAUGAGGAGAAGGCAACUGUGGAUGUGAUCAAACCUGUGCCUGAACCUGAGGAAGAAGCACCGAAAACUGAACCAACAGUGUGUCCCUGUAUACAGUCUGCAAAGACCACAGAGUCAGCCACAAAGACUGCAGAGAAGAAAGAUGCUCCAAGAAGAGUUUCAGCUGUUAGUCGGAAAAAAGAGCGUGAAGCAGUAAAGACUCGUGAAAAGCCAAAAAGGACAGCAAUGCCCAGAAUUGCAAGUCUGGAGCCGAAAAUCAGGAGGGUCACGAAAUUUCCUGCUUUUCUCAAAGCCCAAUCAAAAGCUAGGAAAGUGGAAAAGACUUCCACCAAGACUCCCAAAAAAGAGCCAGAGCCAGAAACCAAAAAAACAGAAGAGGUCCCAGAAUCUGGACAAGAAGUUGGCCCUUGCAGACCUGCACCAGUCUACUGUCCGUCUCCACCUGGCUGGUACGUUCAUCACAUUGUCACAGACAAUCCCUACCCUCCUCCGACCAUGUCAGCUCCCUCUGCUCCUGUUCUGACGGCUCACCCUGUCCACCCUGGAGCUCCACCUAUGCAGCCUCUUUAUCAGCAGCAGCCGCUCUAUGCACAGUAUCAACCAUAUCAACCAAUGCAGCCAAUGAUGCAGCCUCAACCAGAACCAGUGCAGCCAGUCCCACCAGUUGAACCGGUCCAGCCAGAAGCCAAAGAGCAAGAGGCUCCUGUUCAGCCUGAGAUGAUAACUCCAGCUGCUGAAGGUCAGCCGGCUGGGGCUCCAGUCCAGGAACCAGAGACUGUUGAGGAGGAGGCAAAGACUCCCCCAACCAAGAAAGCUGAAAAAAAGAAAUCGAAGGCUGCUGAUUCAGCAAAAGAGCCAACAGCAGCCAAAGAGAAAACAAAGAAAGAUGCUUCUGUUUCAAAAGACAAAGCCAAAGCUGGUGCUGCAAAGAAAGAGCCAACAGCAAAAAAAGAGAAAACCAAAACUUCUGCAGUGGCUAAGAAAGAGCCAGCAGUAAAAGAGAAGACAAAACCUGCACCGGCUAAGAAAGAGCCAGCUGUAAAAGAGAAAACUAAGAGUCCUACACUGGCUAAAAAAGAGCCAGCUGUGAAAGAGAAAACCAAACCUGCCGCACCAGCUAAGAAAGAGCCUGCAGCUGUGCAGAAGAGGAAAUCAGCCUCUGAAAAGACAGAAGCGUCAUCUGUCAGAAGCAAAGCCAAGGCCUCUGCAGCAAAGAAAGAUCCAGACCCAGAACCACAGCCGAUCAGACUGAGGACGAGACUAGAAGCCAUGAGGAGGGCGAAUAUCACCUCUCAGGCAAAGGAGGAGAAACCUGCCAGAUCUGAACCAGCCAAGACAAGGUCAAAAUUAUUGGCAGACAAGAAAAGCAAACCUGAGAAGGCUGAAAAGAAAUCUUUCAAAGAGACUCAAGAUAAAGAGAAACAACCACCACAAGCCAAAGAAUCCCAGACCGAUGACAAUACGACAGAAAAGAAGAAACCAAGCCAGAGAUACUUCCAGUGCAUUUACGUCCCUGGUAAAAGUGCGCAGUACCCCUUACGACCUUUAAGCCCGCCCAUGUCCCCCGCCAUGAUGACCCCUGCAAUCAGGUCCAUGUUGGAGCAGCAGCAGAGAGCAGCGAGGCCGUCGGGUCAAUAGCACAACCUGAACUCUCACCUCACUUCUGAUAGCACUGCAUCUCCCAGUCCAGCAGGGGAAGACGUUUGAAAUCUGUGGAAUCCCUAAUUUUUUUAGGAAAAACCACAGAAAGACAGACAAGGGUGGACAGAACUAUUUUGUCUUUAACUUAUUAUGUGUUUAUUUUCUCUCUAUGUGGUUGAGCUCCUGGGGUUCCUGGGUUAUUUCGUCAAUGCCGUGCCUUGCUUGUGCCUUAUGUAUAAUAAUGUAACAGAUAUCCAAACAAGGAAGCAGUGUGUGAACAUUCUGAACUGUACAUAAGGCUUAUAUCUAUAAUUUAGGCUGUAAUAAAUAUACACACCUUGCGCAUUUUGUUUUUUAAGUUGACUUUUGCAGUCCAGUUUAAUAUAAGCUGUCUAUGGUAAGGAAUUUGCACUUACAGACAAUUGUAAACAGUAAAACAUAUUGUUUUGCUUAUUUAUAA